UUACGGCACUAUUAUAUUCUCAGUCGUCCACAGUGGAUAGAAAAACAGCCGUAAUCUUCUUCCUUUGGCUGGGGUCAUGUGCGAUGAGACGACGCACGGCGACGACGCACUGUAUUAGAAAAUACAGUGGCGGUAAUACUUUUGUUUUUAAUGGAUUCAUUGCCUUUUUUUGAAAUUGAAAACGAGGACGUAUCUGAGACGAGAUGCAGAGAAGAUCAGAAAGCAAGCUUAAGCCUGGUUUACACGCCAAAGUUGUGUGCUUUUGAGUGGUAUUUGGAUAAAACCAAUACUAUUCCAGAAGACAAAACAGAACAUGCUAAAUUGGUGAUAUUAUCCGCGAACCAAUGUUUUUUUAAAAAAGAAUACAAUGAAGCAAGAGACCAUUUUCAAAAGGGACUUGCAUUAUUGCCUAAUAACAGUUCCUUGAAGAGAAGGUUUAUUGAUGGAAUCAUACGGUGCAGUUGCUGUCUCCGCGAGUAUGAGCACGCUCAGAAUCUGGCAGAAAAAAUGGUGUCGGAUAGUAACAAUUAUGAUCAACGCAGCUCAGCAUUAUUCUCGCUUCUCACAGUCUUCAGAGCAAAAGCGGAUAUGGCAGGUGAGAUAAGAACAUUGGAGGAGUGGAUAGGUAUACACACACUCAAUGCUCAUCUAUGGAAAUCACUGGGUGAUGCAUACACAAAGAAACUGAAUCAGGAUCCACCAGAGGGAAGAAUUGAAAGAGAAGAUGAAUUAGAAAAUGAAAAUAAUAAAUCAGUUCCACAUAUUGAAGGAAAAGAUUUAAGAUCAAAAAAAGAAGAAACUCAGUUGAAAGUAAUUUGUGCUUGCUUAUUGACAUCUAGUUCAACUGAAAUAUGGAAUUGUAUUCACUGCGUUGGAGAUGGAGACUUUGAUAAUCUAUGUUGUUACAGUUUUUCAAACCGAAUAUGUUUAGAGACUUUUCAAGGUGGCUUAUCUUCAUUUGCAAAGAAAAAAACAUCUAAAAUGCUGACAGAGAUAGAAGAUGAUCUUGACAGUUUAGGCUUCAAUAAAGAUGUGAUGAGGGAUAUAGAAGAGCAUUCUAAAGCCCUGGUAUUCAGCAGUAAGGUGCAAGUUCCUGAUGAAAAGAAAGAUGGUGAACAAAAAGAACCAAAGGACACAGACACAGAAUCAAAGCUUGAAGUGACAGGCUUCAAUUUUCAAUGCCACUAUUUCACAUGGCUAUUUUACGAUGAUGACAACAUAGAAAAAUAAUGUAUUUUACUAAAUAAAGAUGUAGGAAACCCAUUCUCCCAUUUAGUAUUUACUAUUUCUUUAGCAAUGCAUCCGUAAAAUUAGAUUAUCAGUUAAGGAUCUAUGCAAAAAAUAUAUGAAAGAACUGUGUUUAAAAAUGCACCUUUUAAUUCUGGUUUCAAUAAACAAGAUUUCCAUUUACUAGAGUCAAAAUCUAAAGCUUGGAUUUUUUUAAAAUUUCUUCAUUGAGGAUCGGGUUAUGGUGUUUGAUUUCAGACUUUGAAUGUACGACAGUGCUUUCUUAGGAAUACAUUAGGCACACUAGCAGGUGCAAGGCAGUUCACACCAAUCAAUGUCUUCAUGCAGCAAUCUCUAAGUUAGAUUCACUGGGAUACGUGAACACGGAUAUAAUGUGCAUGUAAAUAUUGAUGUAGAAGUCAUAUAUUUUGAGGUUGACAAAUACAUGAAAAGUACAAUACAUUUUGUAAUGUCAUACCAGCAGGAAAUUAAUGUAAAUAAUGUACAAAAAAUAUUAUAUAGAAAUUUGUAUUUUGAGGAUUAAUUGGUUGAUUUAAAAAAAUACCCUUAAAAAUGCAUUUUGCUUUAUUUAGUAACUUGUGAAGUUUGUUUUAAUGUUUACAUAAACAGGUUCAGUAAACCACUGAGCUGUUAUCAAACACAAUGACUGCUACAACAGUAGUUAAUUUACAUUACAAAAAGGGAAGACAGUUACUGGCUUAAAGCAAUUAGUGUGGAUGUUCAUAUACUAGAAGAAAUUAUUAUACUUCAGUUAGCAUUCAAAAGCAUUGUAUGCGACCUCACAAACAUUUAUCGCUGCUGCACCAUGUGACUUCACCAUUAUAUGCUCAAUACUGACACAAUAAAAAACAGGCAAGUAUGUACAUGGUAUCAAUCUAAUAGUGAUAAUAUACUAACUUAUUCAACUGCCUGCCACAUAUAAAAUUAAAUUUAUUUUAAAAUUACUAAAAUAACAAAAAUAUAAAUCAUUAAAAUAUUCUUGAAAUAUUCAGAGUGUGCAUUUUUUAUACACUAAAUAUCUUUGAGAUCUAUUAAUAUAAUUAUCAAAGUAAUUAAUUUUGGUUGUCAUAGCUACAUAAUAGCUACUUAACAUUCAAAGAGAAACAUGAAUUAGUUUCUGAAAUUUGGAAUGUUACAGUAAGUAUCAAGCAAUUGAAUCUCUGACAAUAUUAUAAAGUUACUGAUAAAAACGGUUUUUACAUAAUGUAACUGAAACCCAGUAAUCUAUUUUGGACUAUACUGUAAAAGUAACACAAGGUUAAUCAAUAAUAAUGAACCACUACAGUACCAUAACAUUAACCCAUUUUGGUUCACAAUAAUAGGCCUAAAAAGAACAGCCUACGUAACACAAAAAAUGACUACCAUGCAUGAUUUUUUAAAUAUUAUUGAAGAAAAGAACUUUAUUUUGACUGUUGAUCGUGUGUGAAUUGCUAACACAGAAUAUGUGGGUGGGUUAUUAAUUCCAAUGCUUAAUGUAUUUAUAAUUACUAUAGUGCAUACUGUAUUUGCUACCAAAUAAGAAAGUAUAAUACAUACUCCAAGUAUUGAAAUACACGCCAUCGUGUUGGGAUUCAAUAUUUCGACAUUAAUUAUGUCAUCAUCAGGAAUUAAUUUGCUACCCGCCUUAAUAACUAAACAUAUUCAUCAGAAAUAUUAUGGUAUAAAUAGCCAUCUGUUCACAGUGUUAACAUAAAUGGCUCUGUGGUUAAGAUGCUUACAAUACAAUCCCAGGGUCCUAGGCUGAAAUCCUGUAGAAUUCUAGCAAUUGCACACAACCCAACGAAGCCUUGUAAUGAGAUGUCACCAAUUUCUAUUAAUAUAAAAAUCACCUGGAAAAAUAAACUAUUAUGUAAGUACAGUAUUUACUAAAUUACCAUAUCAAUACCUAAUUCAGUAUUCUGAUCCACUUGAAAUAAUUCCUAAUUACUUUGUUAAUAUGAUGAAGCCUGUAAUUAAGUUGAGAGUCCCACACAAAAGUUGUCAUAAUUUUAUGCAAACCUGUUUUAAUAAUCCCACCACUUGUUGAAAAUCAAUCAUUUAAGUCAAUCAAUUUAUUCUAUUGUUGUCUACAUCUGGCAGAAUAUGUUGAUUUAUUGUGAAUUGUUGUUUUGAAUAUUUAUAAAUGUCCAGUGCAAACCUUUGGUGUAAUUUUUUCUGAUGUUUAGAACAUAUAUAUAUAUAUUUUUUUGUAAACCAACGAUUUCAGCCUACGGGCUGCCUGUUUUGGUGUUAUAUUUUUAUACCGUGAAUAAAUUUUUUAAAAAUAAAUAAAUA